GCUCCAUCGCCGCUUUACACCGGAUGCAGUGAACCCGAGUAAACAGAGUAACGUGACUUCUCACUCUCGUUUGUGUGCGCGGAGAGAGAAAUGGCCGACCGAUUUUUCCCGAACGAAAUGCCAGACUUCUUGGCAGAGCCACCACCGGACGCGGCAGCGUCCGAAAGCCCCAAAGACUCGCUAACAAACCUCUUCCACCUUCCUUACAGAACACUCUCCGACAUACUCAAGAGCUCCGCUUUGGACCUCAAAGAAACGGUCGUGAGGCAGACGUGCAGUUUGGGUGGAAAGCGUGUGGAAGAUUAUAGUUUGUACACAGGGGCUCUUGGGACUGCUUUCUUGGCCUUCAAGGCUUACCAAGUUACAAAGAAUGAGAGCGAUCUUAAAUUGUGCUCUGAGAUUGUUAAGGCAUGUGAUUCUGCUUCUACGGGUUCCAGGCGUGUGUCAUUCAUAUGUGGGCGGGCUGGUGUCUGUGCCCUUGGUGCUGUUGUUGCAAAGCAUAAUGGUGAUAAAAUGUUACUUGACCGCUACAUAUCAAAAUUCAAAGAGAUCAAGCUGUCUAGUGAUCUUCCAAAUGAGUUAUUAUACGGGAGAGCUGGGUUCUUAUGGGCCUGUUCCUUUUUGAACAAGCAUAUUGGAAAUGGGACAAUUUCUACUACUCGCAUGAGAUCAGUUGUGGAUGAAAUUAUCAAGGCUGGUAGACAAUUGGCCAAGAAGGGACGAAGCUCAUUGAUGUACGAGUGGCAUGGAAAGAAAUACUGGGGUGCUGCCCAUGGAUUAGCAGGUAUUAUGUAUGUUUUGAUGAGCACGGAACUGAAACCUGAUGAGGUGGAGGAUGUCAAAGGUACUCUACGUUACAUGAUUAAGAAUCGUUUUCCAAGCGGCAACUUUCCUUCAAGUGAAGGAAGUGAAUCAGACCGUCUUGUGCACUGGUGCCAUGGUGCUCCAGGAGUUGCUCUUACACUUCUGAGAGCAGCUGAGGUUUUCGGAGAUCAAGAGUUCCUGCAAGCUGCUAUAGAUGCAGGGGAGGUGGUGUGGAACCGGGGUCUGCUGAAGCGAGUUGGCAUUUGUCAUGGCAUCAGUGGGAACACCUAUGUGUUUCUUUCACUCUACCGGUUAACGGGUAAGGUGGAAUACUUGUACAGGGCCAAAGUAUUUGCUUGCUUUUUACAUGAUAGAGCCUUAAGACUCAUAUCAGAGGGUACGAUGCAUGGAGGUGAUCGGCCUUAUUCUCUAUUCGAAGGUGUUGGUGGAAUGGCUCAUCUCCUUCUGGACAUGACUGAACCGUGUGAAGCACGGUUUCCUGCUUAUGAGCUUUAAGUUACUAGCCAUGUAAAAAGCUAGAAGUAAAUGGUUGAUGUUUACUUCUUUACGACAUUCUGAAACUUUCGUUUUGUAAAUAUUUGAAGUAAGUAAGAGUAAAAUGUUAAACUUGUAA